UUACUGGGUUUUGCAGAGCCGGAACAUGAGAAGGCCCUCAGCGCCGCAUCCUCGCUCUACUAGUCUGGUCUUAAGGCCAGCCUUGGGUCCCCGGGAGGGACUGUCUAGCUGGAGGCGGGACGCUGCGGGCGUCCCUGCACUUGAUCGCUUCGGGUCUCCGGGUUGCGACCCCGUGGCAGCGUCCAGAGGGCGGAUGCCCACGUCCUAGUGCUGACUAAUGGCGUGUCCCAGGAAAUGUCUACGUUUCCGGAACCUCCAAGUUCUCGGCAUCCCACAAGACUGUAGAAUCCAGUGGGCAGAGGAGCAGCUCUCGUAGUGCAUAAGACGGGUCCAGAAAGCUCGGCCCAACCUCCGAGUAACGAGUCAGAGUGGAUCUGGGGGAGAAAGCAACUGAAAGUCCUGAGAUCAUCUGAAUUUGUAAAAUGAACGCGGCAAGAUGUAGAUCUAAAUAUUCUGAGAUCGCGUAUUCCUGAACUGAUGAAAGGGGGUUCAGCCAAGGGCAAAAGCAGUCGAGUGCAGAAGCAGCACCCGAGUCUCAGAGCAAGGAGGAACUUACAGAAGCAACGUGAAAGGACAAAGAUCGGUGAACUUUCUUCACCUGCCAGGCACAAUGUCUCGUCCUGCACACAGAAGACCAGAAUACCAUAAAAUAAAUAAAGAUCUCUUUGUCCUCACCUAUGGAGCUCUGGUUGCCCAACUCUGUAAGGAUUAUGAAAAAGAUGAAGAUGUGAAUAAAUAUUUAGAUACAAUGGGAUACGGUAUUGGAACACGGCUGGUAGAGGACUUUUUGGCUCGAUCUUGUGUGGGAAGAUGCCACAGUUAUUCAGAAAUUGCAGACAUAAUUGCUCAGGUUGCUUUCAAGAUGUACUUAGGAAUUACACCAACUGUGACGUGUAACAACGCAAGCAGAAAUGAAUUUUCCUUGAUUCUAGACAAGAAUCCUCUGGUGGAGUUUGUGGAAGAGCUCCCCACUGGGCGGUCUUCUCUGUGCUACUGCAACUUACUCUGUGGGAUUAUCAGAGGGGCCCUGGAAAUGGUGCAUUUGGCGGCUGAUGUUACAUUCUUGCAAGACAGACUGAAAGGCGACAGUGUGACAGAAAUAGGAAUAACAUUUCUGAAAAAGCUAGAUGAGAAAAAGUACAGACGGAAAAAGUGAAGAAAAGCAUGCAAAAUGCCACAGGCUGGCUGGCUGAGGAGUUAAUAUUAGCAAGAUAUAUAUAGCCAUAUAAAUUUUGAAUUUCUUAAUAGCAUGGGAUUUAAAAGGCUUAUAAAUCAGCCAGAAAUUUGAAAUGCAGGGCACUAAGAUUUAAAGCUGUUUUUUCUUUGCUUGUAAAUCACACAUUUUCAAUAUCAAGUCCACAAGAUUUCACAUACAAAUAACUCCUUGUAAGAUAGCAAGCAUGAAUUCUACAUAUUAUAUAGUCUAGUCUAAGAGAAUCUGUUUAUUUCAUUUACUUAUGGUAAUGAAAAAGAGGCAUACCACCUACACAGUUGGUGUAUUUAUCUCUUCUUGUCGGGAAAAUGGAUGAAAUGAUAUAAAAUUCACUAUAUAAAGAUAGUUUCUAGAUAUUGUACAUUGCAUUCUCUAUAGAAACAAUAUCAAUUGCCACAAUUUCCCACAGUUUUAUGAAGCUGUGGAUAUAGACUAACUAUCUAUGGCUAUAGACUGUUCUCAUAUAUUGGCUUGGCUUAUAGUUUCAGGUUCCUGAAGUUACUGCUGGUUUAUAAUUAUCAAGACAACCUAUUUAUUUGGAUGCUAACUCUGAAAUAUUUUAAAAUAACAUUUAAUUUUAAUUAACUUAAUUUUUAGAUAGCUGGUAGUAACUAAAUUCCUUCCUUUAUUCAUGAAACAUUGCUGUUGUUCAGGCCAGGAAAUAAGAUGAGAGAUAAAUAAUGUUCUUUGAGAAGACUUUCUUAUCUUCAGUUAGAAAUUUUGGUAACAUUUUUAUCACUUAAAAAUUGUGCAAAGUGUAUUCUGUCACCAGAACAGAAUAUAGUGUACCGGAUUAAAUAAAUUCACAGUGUACUGGAUUAAAUAAAUGAUAGUCUUUACCAGACCAUAAGCAUAUAGCAGUCCAGCAUCUACUAGGCUCUGCAGAGAAUUCAAAGGAUAAGUAAAAGUUACAGUUAGUGUGGCACCAUCAGUUAAAGCUGGUGUAAAUGAUACAGUAUUGAUAGACCUCAGCUACAUCUCAGGAACCUAAACGUACAGACUCAGUUCUGUUUCUAGUGGCUUCAGUUAAUCCUGACCAGUGGCUGAUCCUGGCACAUCACCUCUCAGCCUCUCUCUGCCUCUGUCUCUCUCACUCACUUAUCUGUAAACUGAGAGGACUGAAUGUAAUAAAUAUCUGAAAUUUAAAAGAUAUAAAUAACCACCACUGAAGUUCCGUAUUUUUGGACUUUAGAAGGCUAUGGAAAAUUGUCUGUUCCCCACCUCCCUAGCUGCGUCUUUGAAAGGACAUUGAGGCAGGUAUCAGGAACCAGUUAAGGUCACUGGAGCAGCUGCAGCAUCAGUGGAAGGAGUUUCAAGCCAGUUGCACAGAAGACCA